AUGGAGGAAGUAAAAGCCGUGACGGACAUUUUAGAAGAUGCUUUGUCAAAAAUAAAAAAUGUUACUGGUUCGACUCAAAGUCCGCAAAAUCAAACGAAUUCUACUAGUUCUACUGCCAGUUCUACUCGUCAAACUAGUUCCACUGGCGAAACGCAUACUCAUUCCACAUUACUGGCAAGAGCACAAUCAAACUUCAGGCAAGUAAUAAAUUAUUCAUGAUAUAUUUUAUUAUUUAUUUGCGUAUAUUGAGAUUUUAGUGUUUAUGCAUAAGCUUGUUUGUUUUCAUUAUUUUAAAAUAUCGCCGUUUUCCUUUCAAAUGUCAGCAUCAUGCAUUAACUUGCUGUAUGGGGUUGGGGACCUGGGGUUAUACUAUGCCUAUGGGGUUAGCUUUUAUCACAAAAGUUGGAGCCCCAAAACUAUUUUAGUACUAUUUUGACCACUAUUAUUUAUUUUCAUAUAAUAUCUAAUUUGUUAUUAGCAAUUAAAUUAUUGCUGAACUAUCACCAAAACUUUGCCUCAGCCCCCUGCCCCCAAUGGUAUGCUUCUGCCCCCCUCCAAGAAUUUGUAAACUAGUGAUAAUCUGUAAAGUUUGAGAGGAAAAUAAUACCUAAUAAUUGCCCCUGGGUAAUCAGCCCCCCCCCCCAAUACAAAAUUGCUUCAUAUGAUAGUGUCAGCAUACAGUACACAUGCACAGUGUAAUAAUAAUAAUAAUAUCUCGAUUACGGCAUUAAUUGCUACGAUUUAAAGAAUUACUUUGGAAAAACGUUUGGUUGAAGGUAGAAAAAUGAUGUUACAAUGCUGAUUUUGACAACAAAUUUUUUAGUUUAUUUUGAACUUCUGCAUCUCAUGAUCAUUGAUAAACAGCACAACAAAAUAAUUGGUUAUUGAUACACAGUGUAUUAGCUAGAGAUGUUACCCUUAAAAAGUACUCCUCUCUCUAAAUUAUGUUCACUUUUAACAAACGUACAAGGUGUCUAUGUGAACUUGAAAAAUGUUAUUUGCACUUCACAAACCUAGAAAUAACACCUUUCAAGUUCACCUUAUUAGAACCCGCACACCCGAAAAUCUUUAUCUACACACAAACUUUCAGUAAUUACAGCUUGGCAACUGCAAGGCCUCUGUCGCUCAGUUGGUUAGAGCACUGCACUGGAGUCACAGGGCUGCAGGUUCGAUUUCUGUCAAUAGAAGGUGUCCAUAUACCUGGUCCAUAAGCUGGGGGCUUAAAGUGGCAUGAUCAACCACAAUGCAAUGCACGCUUUUGUUUACGUUUUUCAGUUACUUUCCUCAAUAGUUGCUGCCAUUCUCAAGGCCAUGAGAAUGGCUGUACAAACGCACACAUUGCAUUGUGGUUGAUCAUGCCCCUUUAAUAUAUCUUAUGCGCUUUCCCUUUUGUGCACAAGGGGUAAGCUGGGAGAACACAAGUUACAAGAAAAGUGCAUAAAACAUGAGACAAUGUUUUACGUGCUUUUCCUGUGUUCUACCAACUUCCCCUCAUCUAUAAUAACACUAGAAAAACAUGAAAUAAGUAUUUAUAUUUUGUUUACAAUAUAGGAAGAUACAAUACAGUAAACAGUUUUAUGCAUAAACAAAUUGAUACUUCAAGGAUCAAUUUCAAAAUUCUGCUAACAUGUGUCAUGUGGGGAACGGCAGUUUCGGUCCCGUUCAGUACGCGAUCCCAUAAGAUCACAAAUUCACUCACAGUUUAGAAAUUAUAUUUCACAAAAAAUUUAGCUCUCCCUUUUAAAUUGUGAUCAAAAUGCUUAUCUUCACUGGAAAUGAAAUCUGAGCUUAGUUGCUAAGUAGUCCAGAACAGUACCGGGGGACCACCAAGAAUCAGUGGGUAUAGUGUUGAGGAAAUAUAUAUUUUUAAUAUUUCAUACAAUUCCUCAAAUUGAAAGUGUCCCAUCAUGCAAAUUCAUGUGAGCAUGCAUUCCUUAUGUUGUUAAUCAACUUUUGGGUGAAUUAACCAGAGUGGAAGCACUCGUCCCCUGACGAGUAAAAUCAUUUUGUGUUAGUCAGAGUAAAAUAAUAAAGUAGGGCUGAUCAGGGCACAUUGCCACUUAAAGGGUAAACAGGAUGCAUUGGUAGAUAGUGUGAUGAACCCAUUGGGUGGCAGCACUCUCCCCAUUGACAAGUAAAAUGUUCUGACGUUAGACAGGAAGAUUGUAAUAAAGUAGGGCUCAUCAGGACACAUAAUCGUCACAAAGACUAAAAACUUGUUUUUUAUUGAAAAUUUCGAGGUAAAUUUUGAGAAAUGUUUCCAUAGUACUACAAGUAUUUUUCCCAUACACAUGCAGAUUGCAGACAGAACAAAUUUCUCCAGUAAGGAGAAGCAACCCAUUAAACCAGAUAACGACUGGGUUCGUGAGGUGCAUUGGGUAAAAUUGUCAAGCAAAUUAAUGAAUUUUCAAACUAUUUUCAUUAGGUCAUCCUUUCCUCAGUUCUACAGCACCGUGCAUUCGAGUCAACGCGAGACAUGGCCUCGGAAAAAGCAACGAAGUUCUCCCUUUGCUGCAUGGGUGAAAGACACCUGGACACAUGAUUUUGUUUUAUUAUCAUCCACAACAGCGGGCAGAACACCAACUCCACAGAUAAUGCAACAAUUACAAAGUGCUGGCUUGGGUAGAAAGGAAAUUGUGUUUAAAGAUAAGCAGGGUGGAUUUGACCAUUUGAGAGAAACACUGGAGAAGGAGUUUCCAAAGUUAGAAACACAAAAAGGUGCUUUUGAGUUACUAAGAGCAGACAGAGGAGGUUAUUCUCGACCACUGUUGAGCAUCCCAAUGUCCAACUUAGGAUACACCAUCAAACAUCUUAAGGAAGCCGUAUCUGGAAGUGCUGCAAUUUAUGUGAGACCAAUUCAGAGCGACCUUGACAUGACCCCGAUCUCAAGUGCUGGCAGUCAAGACGGUGAAACAGUGUACACUCAGUGUGUUUGCUGUCAAGAGCAUGUUCCACUCUUGGAAAUGAAAAGUCAUGCAAGUACUUGUAAAAGUAAAGAAAUAAAUAGUGAGUCUGUUACGUCUAGUAUUUCUGUUGGCACUAUUACUACCAAUGCUAAUAAUUUACCUGGGUCUGAGAUAGAAACUAUUGUGGUCGACGAAAACAAUAGUGAUAAAGACUUAACACUGAUGGAAGAUGACAGUAAUAUGUACAGUAAUAUUUUUCCCACAAGUGAUGUGAAAGCAAACUGGACUGAACAAUUACAAGAAAUGUUUCCUGAUGUGCUAAAGACAAACAUUGAGUCGUCUGUGAACGUUUCUGUAUCACUCGAAGAAGCUGCUGAAAUCGUCUGUGAUGGAAUCAAUGAUCUGGACAAACCGAAGGAGAAAGAUGAUGAUCUCUCAGACUUACUUGCUGGACUAGCAGCAAAAAUUCAGGACAGUGACUACAUGUUAACAGUUGAAAGAGAUGAAGUGUGGAGUGCUGCUCUUACAUUUUACAAAAAAGCUUUACUUGACAAGACCAAAUUAUGGCAAGACCUGACAAUUAUUUUUAAAGGAGAAGAAGGCCUUGAUGCCGGAACCAUAAGAACAGAAUUCUUUGAAAUCUUGUUGAGGGAAAUUAAUUUUCGUCUUUUUGAAGGUCAAGAACUAUCACAACUUCCAGUGAGAGAUAGCAAUAAGGCAAUGCUUUUGAAACUGGCAGCA